AUGGCAAGGGCGCGAGUGCGGCCGGGCCGACAAGGGCCUGGGCACUGGGGCGCAGCCCUCACCCGGCUCCCUGGCUGCUGCCGGCGCCCGGCGACGGCUUCCUUGGGCAGCGCCUUUGUUUUCCCGACUGCAAUUACGUUUGCGGAAGUGCUGCUCGCGCCGGGCGCACCGGGGGUGCAGGCUGUAGCUGCCCUCAGCGCCCCAAAAGAUGACAACCGACUCGGGAUCCAAGGGGAGGGAGACAGUAGCAGGGGAGCCCAGGGUGGGGCUACCCCGCCGCCCCGCCGAGCGCGACCCCUUCCCCCUCGCGCCGGGCUCCGACUCACCUGCGGCGGGCGGCGACGGCGGCGAGAGCUCAGCUGCGCGGGGCGCGGGGAGCCAUCUCCCCCGGGCACGGGGCGGCGGCUCCGGGCGCCGGGGCGGCGGCUGUCGAGACGGCGCUCACCAUCUCGGGCGGGUCACUGGUUCCUCGGGAGCUGCGGCGGGGCGGGGCGCGGCGGAGGGAUGCGGGCCGGUGGGGGGACCGGGAGCUGCGAGCCGAGCGUACCGGUCGGCGCGACCUUCUCUCCUCCUCCUCCUCUUCCUCUGGCCCGGCCUCCGCCGCUCGCUACCGGCUGGACCCGUUUCAGGGCUGAGCGCCGAGGACCCGCCGCCAGGUGCAGCGCUCCGCCUCCUGCGGCGGCGGCGGCGGCGGCGGAUGCGUCGGCGGCUGCUCCUCCCGGCCUCCCGCCAGCCCUGGCGGCCCCGGGGGACCCGCCGCCCCAGCCCUGCCGGGGAGGCGCGCCACGAAGGGGGAGAGCAGACGCGAGGGUCUAUCCCCAGGUCCCCGCACCCCGGCUCCCGGCUAAAAGCCCCCCACCCCGACCCCAGGCAAAAGAUGCAGGCCUAGCUCCGGGGGGAGGGGGCGGAGAGUAGAUGGCCGGCUGGUUGGGAAUUGUAAUAAUAAUAAUAAUAAUAACAACAGUAGCAGCAACAAUAAUAGCCAUCGUUUGUAGGGCAUUUAUUCAGUGCCAAGCAGAAUGCUAACACUAUUAAUGCGUUGCCUCAGCGUCUCUGGGCCAGCGGUGGCUGUGGCCGACUGUCCUCAGUUGACCUGGGAGAGAGGAGCUUGGCAAGAGACAGGAGGCAAACAACCAGGGUUUCAGGACUCACCGGGGAAGGGCUGAGACUAAAGCACUCUUUCAAACUGAGAAAGUGCUACGGAGUAUCUGGCAGCUUGCUGAAGAGGAUAAGCCAUGCAUGUUAAGGAGCCGGAAAAGUACACCCACUUACACCCAUCUUCCACAUGCUUGCGGAAGCACCCUUCCAGAACUUCUCAUCAAUGAAAUAAGAAAAUAAAAG